GAUCGACGCGAGCAAUGGCGCGCACGCGAACAGGAGGAGGGUCGGCGACACGAGCGUUACGAACACGAGGAGGAUUUCGAUCGACGGUCGCAAGCGUCCACCUACCGUGAGCGGCCUAAGCCCGACAAGCCGAGGUUCAUAAUGUCCAUCUUCACGGGUAGUGAUCCGGAGGCUUGGCUCAACCGAAUCGCGCAAUAUUUCGAACUGAAUGAAACCGACGGUCACGCUCGAGUAAGGUACGCAGCAUUCUACUUAGAUGGUGAGGCCAACGUAUGGUGGCAGUGGCUUUCCCGGAUCUACCGUAGGCGGCAGCAGGUCAUUACAUGGGCUGAUUUUGAGAGAGAAUUGCUUACUCGAUUUGGCACGUCCGAUUACCAUAAUUAUAAUGAGGCUCUCGCGCGAAUCCUACAGACGGGCAAUUUGCGUGAAUACAUCAAGGAGUUUGAACGACUAGCCUGUCGCGUGCGAGAUUGGUCUGAAGAUGCGCUAGUAGGGGCCUUCGUAGCUGGACUGAGAUUCGAUCUAGCCGCAGAAGUCCGACUGGAGCGGCCGGACACGAUGCAUAACGCCAUGGAGGUGGCCCGCCGACGAGAAGACCAUCUAGUCGCUACGCGAAGGGGACGGGCGGAUGUGCGAUACGCCGACACACGGCGCACGGGGCCAAACCCAGCCACGCCCAGCGCACGGCCGAGCGUCAGCAAUCGGCCAGCGGGGUCGAUAGUGAGGCGGCUGUCUCCCGAGAAAAUUAAACGUCGACGUGAGAAAGGCUUAUGUUUUAAGUGCGAGGAGAAGUUUACACCGGGUCAUCAGUGUAAGCAAGCCUUUGUGAUCGAA